CAAAGUUGAGUGCAGUGGAGGGAAUUAGACCAUGAGGGUAUUUGUGAAGGUCUGCUGUAGCGGCGGAGGCGAGCCGCAAGCCUACGCUCUCCCCUGUAACGAGCCCACUGCCCGUGUGGGCUCGCUGAAAUCCCUGGCUUUGGACCGCUGGUCGGAAAACCGCGGCGAUAACUCGAAAAGAGACGCCGAAGGUUUUCAAGCUAACGCUGUCGGGUACCGGCGCCCUCUUGUCCGACAAAGACACGAUUCAGGACGUUCUGCGAGACGGCGAAUUUCUGGACCUCUCGACAUUUUUCAGGCACUAACAGGCAUAGAAAACAAAGAGGCUAUUGAGUUGGAUGGCCUCAGUUUGUCUGUGGAAAACCUCAUGAGAAUUGGACGAGGAGAGCUCAAAGUAAAGAUCUCCGAGUCAGCCGUGAACAGGGUCAAGAGAUCAAGAAAAGUGGUGGACGAUUUGGUUGCCUCUGACGAAGUCACGUAUGGGGUCACAACGGGCUUUGGAAAGUUUGCAAGUGUUGUUAUCCCCAAAGAAAAGACAAUAGAGCUGCAGGAGAACCUGAUACGUUCUCAUGCAGCGGGUGUGGGGCCUCCUCUUUCACCCGAGCAGACCAGACGACUGCUGGCUCUCAGACUCAAUGUGUUGGUCAAAGGUUACAGUGGAGCGAGACUAGAGACAGUGCAAAAACUGGAAGCAGCUCUGAACGCGUCUUGUCUCCCGCUGGUCCCGGAGCAAGGGACGGUGGGUGCCAGUGGAGAUCUGGCUCCCCUCUCUCACCUGGCCCUGGGUCUCAUGGGAGAAGGUCUCAUGUGGAGUCCCUCCAGUGGCUGGGCAAAUGCAGCCGACGUUCUGGAAGCCCACGGCCUCUCUCCCUUAUCCCUACAAGCCAAAGAGGGAAUCUCAUUGAUAAACGGGACGCAGCUCAUCACUGGAUUGGGUGUGGAGGCACUGUCCCGGGCCGAGCUCAUCGCGAAACAGGCCGAUGUCGUUGCUGCUCUGACUCUCGAUGUACUGCAAGGGACACCUCGAGCCUUCGACUACGACGUGCAUGCCAACAGGCCGCACUACGGGCAGCAGAUGGUUGCAGGAAGACUUCGUGCUCUGCUUGACUCCAGUAUCCACCAUUCUGAAAUCAGAGCAAGUCACAAGAACUGCCACAGGGUCCAGGAUCCGUACACCCUCCGUUGCAUCCCUCAGGUCCACGGCGUCGUCAACGACACCCUCACGUUUGUCAGGGGAAUCCUCACCACGGAGAUGAACUCUGCCCUCGACAACCCGGUGAUGGACUAUCUGGCCAUCGCAGUUCACGAGUUGGCCAACAUUAGUGAGAGGAGACAGGAGAGACUGAUGAACCCUUCUAUCAGUGCUGGGUCUGGAGCUGGGGAAGGAGAAGUGAAGCUCCCGGCAUUCCUGGCAUCCGACGGAGGGAUCAAUUCUGGGUUCAUGAUAGCACACUGCACCUCGGCAGCUCUUGUUUCAGAGAACAAGGUGUUGACUCAUCCGUCCUCUGUCGACUCAAUCUCUACGUCGGCCGCUCAGGAAGACCACGUCUCCAUGGGAGGCUUUGCUGCUAGGAAAGCCAUUAGUGUGGUGUCCCACGUGGAACAAGUGUUGGCCAUAGAGCUGCUGGCAGCAUGUCAGGCUCUGGAGUUCCACAGACCACGAACCACCACUCCCCCUCUGGAGGAAGUCCACAAACUGGUCCGGACCGUGGUCAGACCGUGGGACAAGGACAGGUUCAUGAGCCCAGACAUCGAGGCAGCCACCAAACUACUGAGGGAGGGGAGGGUGUGGACCGCGGCGGAACCACACAUCAGCCACUACAAGACCACAGCCAACGAACCACCGCCAAAGAGAAUCAAACUGGUCCACCAGUCAUAAGCCACCUAUACCUUCAGACACUAGUAGUUGCAAUUCUGCGUAGUUGCUGCAACUCUGUUCUGCAUAGUCUGUAUGUAUGCAGUGUUGCUCCUCAGAUCAAGUUGUUAGCUAUAAUCCAUGCUACGGUGUUAUAAAACGAUCAAUGCAUAUUAAUUUUAAUCCUCUUCACUUGAUGUGACCGACAUUAUCUAACCUUCAUAAUUAUUGAAGUGUAAACACUGCUCUAGUUUUUAUAAUAUAGUCCAAUUACAGCACACAGUCCACUGAUAAAAGGGCUGAAAUGAGAUUUUAUGGAGAGUUGAUGAAUCCAGAGUGAAAGUAUAAACAAUACUCUAAUGUAGAGUUGUGAGAGAAAUAACAAUUACAUUUCCUGAACGCAGAGACAGCUAUUUGAUGGCACCAGUCACAGAGGGAGUCUUUCUCAGUUGCUCAAAGAUGAAGGCGUAGUGACUCAUGCUGUCAGAGGGGAGGUAUGGCCGGUCCGACUGCCUGGCAAACAUGGGAACAUCCAUUGGUUGAGAAGAGUCCAGCAGACCUUUGGUGAAGGCAGUGAGCUCACUCCAACACUGAGACACCCUGCUCUGGUCCUUGUCUUCAACCUCGACAACAAUUCCUUUAUUGACAGAGCCCAUUGAAAUGGCCCCAAACUUGAUGGCAUACUGCUUCGCCAGGUAAAUCUUCCCCUUCACCUCGAUCCGGGGCUGCUUGCGCGGCGGGUAGAACUGUUUGAGAUGAGACAGGAUCGUAUCGAGGGAGUUUUCGGCCACGAGACACUGGAGGUUGUCGAGGAUGAGGAAGGUGGAGCGAGGGUACUCACUGCUGUGGAUCACGUUGGCCAUCCUCGGAGCUCCCGGGGUAGCCGUAGCAACUGCUACGAGGUUGGGCACACUCUGUAUGGUCUCACAGUCCACAGACCACGCCCUCCUUACCACGCCCACCCAAUAUCUCCAGUCUCUUUUGCAGAAAGUUCUCCAGAGCCUGGCCAAUACUGAGCCCUUCUGGCGGCUCCCAGAUCACGAUACAGCUAACACCCAUGUCACCGCGCGAGCAG